AAACGAAAUCGACUUGAUACCCUUGUGGUGCUGUAAAGCUUCAGACAGGAUGGAAGAAGGAUCGGAAGGAACUGGUAAAAAACCAAGAAAGAGAAUGAAGUCACUUUACAACAACAUACGAGAUCAGAUUGAAUUUUACUUCAGUGACUCUAAUUUACAUCGUGACAGAUUUAUGAAGAAAGUCAUCACUGGGAAUGAAGACGGAUAUGUCGACAUUUCACUUUUCAUGAACUUCAACAAGGUGAAAACCUUAACAACUGAUAUAAGUGCUCUACAGAAGUCAUUGAAGUCCUCUAAAAAAUUACAGGUCAGUGAUGACGGUCAAAAAGUGAAGAGGAUAAGACCAUUAGAGGAACCGAAACAAAUCGAUGAAAGAACUGUCUAUGUGGAAUGCCUCCCACACCAUGUUGACCACACGUGGGUCAAACGUAUUUUCUCUGCCUGUGGUGAGGUGCUCUAUGUCAGCAUUCCUCGAUACAAGACGACAGGAGACUCUAAAGGAUUUGCCUUCGUGGAAUUUGACACUGUGGAGGCUGCUAAAAAGGCUUGUGAGGAACUCAACAACCCUCCAGUUGAAGCUGAUGGCCAACCAGGAAAGUUUCCAAAGACAAGAAAACAAUUACUACAGCUCCAGCGUAAAUUAGGAACCAGAGAUCCAACACACCGUCAAGUAGAGGAUUCUGAAGGAUUAGAGACAGGAUUACUACCUUGUGAAAGUAAGGAUUCCAAAGAGAACAGCAAGCCAGGGGAGUCGCCGACCAAGCUGUCAAAACGACACAAAAGAAGGCGGAGACAAACUAGUGAAAGUAGUGUGGAUGGUGCAGAGUUAUCCCCCAUGAAACGCCGAAAAACAGUCAGUAUAGAAAGUGACAGCAAAAGUAAAAUCGAAACAAACACUGAUGUUAUGGGAGAUAAAAAUGGUGACACAUCAAACAAAGCAAAAUUGAUUGAGGAAACAAAAUUACCUGAUAGUGUAGAAAACAGAAGUUCAAAAUCCAAGGAAAAAGAUACACAGUCAGAGGAGGAAGAAAAUGAAAAACCCAAAAAGGCUAAGAAAAGAAAAAGUAAAACUCUUUCUGAUGUUUCAAUAACUGAAGUAGACACAUGUGUUGGUGUGGAUGAAAGUGAGGCUAAGAAACCUAAGUUGAGUGAAGGUCAGGGGUCAGAUGUAUCAUCAAGUGAGGUGAAGAAAGAAGAGGACUUGUCAUCAAAUGAAACAAAAAAGAGGAAAGCAGAAGAAACAUCAGGAGGUGAUGAGAAACCAAGUGCCAAGAAAGCAAAAUUGACUCCAUUAAAAAAAAGGAAAAGGAAGAAAAAGAAACAGAAGGGAAAAGAUGUACCAGAACUGAGAGUGAUAUCCAAAAAGGAGUGGCUAGACCUACGCAGUGAGUACCUGUCCUUACAGAAGAAGAGUAUGACCGACCUCAAAAUGACCUUGUCUAAAAUCAGGAAAGAUGGUGAUGAGUCCAAUAAAGCACAGAUGGACCACAAAGGUACCAUUACAGAGAACUCGGACACUAAUACCCUACCUGUUCCACAGACAAGACCUAAAGUGGAGUUUAUUCCAGGUGUGAUUGUGAAGGUCAACUCAUCUCACCCAUUUACACGCAAACAGAUCAAGGAGUUCUUUGGAGAAGAAGGGGGCGUGGCUUAUGUAGAUCUAAUUGAUGGUGACUCUAGUGGUUAUAUCAGAUUUAAGGAUGAAGAGAGUGCCAAAAAAGCUACUAACGCACGCCCAGAGGUCUACACAUUCUCUCAGAUACAAGGAGAAGAUGAGAGUAUGUACUGGAGUAAGUUACAGUCUGACCGAGAGGCUAAACUAAACAACAAAAACAAGUCUAAAAAGCGAGGAACUCAGAGGUUGGUGGACAAAGCACAGAAAAUCAACAAAGAAAAUGUCCAAAGGAAACAUAUAGUGUUUGAUGAUUAAAUGGGACAGUCCUUUGACUUGUUUGAGACAUUGUAAAGUCACUGUCUGAUGGUGCUUCUGUUUGCCUUAGAAAUGAAGGAUUAUCAUCACCAGAUCUACCACAAUUUAGUGCUACACUUCAAAUCAACCAUUUUUCUGUAUAAAAGGACCUGAUGUUACAGCAGCCUCCUUUCUAGAAUUACAGGAUAGAUCACCAAGGUUACAUAUCCAUGUGUAAUAUAGGACUGUUCAGGUCAUCAAGGUUACAUACAGAUGUGUAAUAUAGGACUGUUCAGCUCAUCAAGGUUACAUACAGAUGUGUAAUAUAGGACUGUUCAGGUCAUCAAGGUUACAUACAGAUGUGUAUAUAGGACUGCUCAGCUCAUCAAGGUUACAUACAGAUGUGUAAUAUAGGACUGUUCAGGUCAUCAAGGUUACAUACAGAUGUGUAAUAUAGGACUGUUCAGGUCAUCAAGGUUACAUACAGAUGUGUAAUAUAGGACUGUUCAGCUCAUCAAGGUUACAUACAGAUGUGUAAUAUAGGACUGUUCAGCUCAUCAAGGUUACAUACAGAUGUGUAAUAUAGGACUGUUCAGCUCAUCAAGGUUACAUACAGAUGUGUAAUAUAGGACUGUUCAGCUCAUCAAAGGUUACAUACAGAUGUGUAUAUAGGACUGUUCAGCUCAUCAAGGUUACAUACAGAUGUGUAAUAUAGGACUGUGUUCACGUUGUUUUCAAUGACAUUAUUUGGUUUAAUGAUAAAUAAAAUUUCUGAUGAAAUUC